GUUGGAAAUUAACUGUAUAAACAAAGUUCUCCUAUUUUUUUUUUUUCAUUUCUAUGUUGUAUUUGGGAUAAUUGAUUUACGUAUCUUUAAUAAACUAUAAAAUAAUACAAGUAACCCUUUUUAGUUUUUUGUUUUUACAAUGACAGGUGUACAAGGCUAUGUUUAUGAAUCAACAUCACAUUUUCAAGUACUUCAGCGCAAUCCGGAAACGAACAUAGCCUCUAUUUUAAUAGAUGGUGAAAUAGUAGAAUAUAAAGUGGGCGGCCCAUAUACGAUUGGAAAAGCACACAAUGUGUAUGUAGGAGAUAUUUGGAUUAUGGCAGGUCAAAGUAACAUGCGUGGCCAUGGAUUCUUAAUGGAUCCAUUUACAAAAAACAAUUUGAUGCAUGAGUCUUUAGUAGAUAGUAUUCAUCUAUUCAAUUCAAGUGAGCAAUGGACUUUGGCCAAAGAUCCGACACAUCGACUCGUGUCAUCACCUCGACAAGUUCAUCACACUUUACCAGAUCCGACAGUGCGUGAUCCUAAAAUACUUGAAUAUAGAGGAGCCUCAUUAGGUUUGGCGUUUGCUAAGAAAUAUCAGCAACUGAACCAUCAUGUUCCAGUAGGGUUAGUAGCUAGUGCUCAUGGCGGUACUACGCUUGAGGAUUGGAAACGACCGCUUAACCUUUUUUCCUCAAGGAAGAAUAACGAUGAUGAUCCAUUUAAUACAACCUUAUAUGGUGCUAUGAUUGCUCGAAUUGAACAAGUGGGACCUAUUACAGGUAUUUUAUGGUAUCAAGGGGAAUCAGAUACAGUUAAAGAACAAGAUGCAGUCACUUAUAAAGAACGAUUUCUUCAAUGGCUUCAGGAUUUACGUCAAGACCUUAAAAGGGAUAAUUUGCCUGUUGCCUUUGUUCAGAUUGGAUCACAUCGUGUUGAUGAUCCAGAGAUGAUAAAGAACUGGAAAAUAGUACAAGAUGGACAACGUAAGCUCUUUGACUACCAUCACUUUACAGCAGGUGUAGCAAGCUUUGACGGUAGCUUAGACGAUCGUUUGCAUUUAUCGGCUACUGCUUUGAAUAAAGUAGGAGAGCGCCUAGCAAUUGCUGCAACCUGUGCAAAGCAAGGUCUAGGUAAAACUGCUACACCAUUACCUGUUCGUGCUGUAUUUGAAUCAAGUAGUAUACCUACUUUAAAGGAAACAGGUAUUCCUUCAAGUAUAAGAGUUGAAUUUGAGCAUGUUAACGAUCAUCAAGGUUGGAUGAAUAAAUUAGAUGAAGAAAUAUAUGGGUUUGAAAUUGAGUGUGCGGAUAAAGAGGUUGUAUUACUGAGUGUCCGUAUUAAUGACGAUAAGCAAUGGUCGUUAAGGCUCUAUCUUACUUCUAAGCCAAAGGCGCCUAUCUAUAUAAGCUAUGGAAUGAAUCAAGAAGUAAAAGGGAAUUUAAUUAGGUCGGAUGGUAUGGCAGUACCUGCUUUUCAAAAAUUUGAAGUAUUUUUUUCUUGAGGUUUUGUCAUUAUAACACAUUAUAAGAUACAUGCACUAUUUAUCAUCAUAGUUACAUAUAAUAAAAGGAAAACACUCAAACACAUUAUGGAAUUUUUGUUAAAUAUGUAUAUAUACAGCCAGUACUAUGGAUAUUGUCGCCCAUUAACAAAUAUUCGUCGGCAGUUGAGAAAUAAUUGUCGCAAAGGAAAUUUCGCUUUAGGGCAAAGGGUUUUUUUUUU